GAGAACCAAUCGGAAGGCAUCUGCGCUGUUAAUGAAAGAGCGAGUAAGUACUAUUUAAAGAAUGUCGUCGACUUAUUUCUGAAGACAGUGAAUGGGGUCAAAAGUGACACCGAAACACGAGAAGUUGCGAGUGUCAUUGAGUGUUACUACCAUAUCUUAUUACCAACAGAAGGAAUCACAUCUUCUGAAUCCCUUCGAUUCAUGAAUGGAGUAUUCAAUCUCUUAGAAACAACUCAACGCAGUGUCAUGAAACGCUCUGUAUGUCGAUUAUUAGAUGGCGUGUGUCAAGAAGGACUUGGGAGAGGAAAUAGUACGGGAGGGAUCAUUUUAGGACAACUUGAACAGAUCUAUGGCAAACUGAUUGACUUGAUGCGCCAUUGGAAGAGUACUAAAGUCAAUAUUAAUGUAACAUGUGGACACUUAGGAGCACAGACGGAUGGACUCUUCUCGAUCUCGGUUAUCCCUGCGUUAACACAGAACUACACUCUCCUUCUGAAUCAAAAAGACCAACAGAAGAGAAUUAAAGCACUUGAAGUGAUAGCAGAAUAUAUCAAUGGAGUCUUAGACGUCUUACCACUAACCCACCAAGCUAUCCCACAACUCUUAAAUGACUUCUUCAAUAAGACUCUGAUGACAAAAAAGGAAUACCAACACCUCAAAUUUGCUUCAACACUCGAAACGCAAUACUUCGAACAAGUCUUUACUCAUAACGUGGUGUAUACACAACAAGUAAUGCUCGACAUCUUGUCAGGAAAACUGAAUAUUCCAACAGACAUUAGAGCAAUGGCAGUCAAAAAUGUACCUCUAACGUUGGUCCUUCCGGCAGACGCACAGGCCGGAAUUUCCGAGUUCUUAAGCCAAACACCAAGUCUUGUUGGGACGGUGAUGGACCCAACUAAUUUGUGGGUGAUUGAGAUGUACCCCGACUCAUAUUCACAUGACGCAACGACAAGAGACUCGGUGUCCCAUAAAUUGGUUGACGCGUCGCGAAGUCCUAUUUUGGAGAUAAAGAUGUCCGCAAGAAGAGCAUUAGAGCGCGACGCGAUUAAAAACCCGCGGCUCUUCUGUGGGAUAUUUGAGGAGUUUUUGCGGAACUCCGCGGAGGACGAGAGUGACUUAGUCGACGGGGAGUACAUUGCGAAGGUGUCGGAGUUGUUUGGGAAGACGAGUGAAGUUGGGAGUCGAGAAAUAGCGAAUAUGUUGAAUCGUCGUAUUCUUCGACUUCUUUUAACGAUGAGCGAAGACUCCGUUUCUGUUGCUGGGAAGAUCAAAGACACGUUAACAUUAAAAGGGUAUUCGAAUGUGAAAGAGGCGCAAUUGAUCGGGGACUCGUUAAGUCGUUUGUCGAGUGACAUAUUAGACCACUUCGUUCUUCAACAUUGCGAGGAAACCUUUGUGCGGGAGUUGUAUAGUAAAUUAUUAAGUACGUAUACUAUAAAGAGUCCAAAUGAAAUUGUUAAGUUCUUAUUUCUCAGUACUAAAGGAGACCAUCCCGUGUUAGUCCAAAAUGUGAUCUCACAAUACUUUGAUGGUGUGCCGUUUAUUACGCAAAUGGUCACAACACUCUUAUCAAAAACGAAUGAAAAGGUCAUCGACAUGUUUGCGCAGUACAUGAUGGAGAAAAAGAAGAAGCUCAAUUUUGAUCUUCUUGCGACGAUCGUUAAUGUCACACCAAAGAAAUAUGAAGGGAUGCCACAUGUGAUAGCAUUGUGUCGAGCAGUUAUGAGUAACUGGAUUGCUUUUAAAGACAUCCCAAAUUCACAAGUUGUGUUGAUGGAGAUCUCGGCAAAGAUCUAUACACUGGAAAUGACUCUAAGCACCCCCCUUGUCCCAGACGGACUUUGUACGUUUGUGGGGAAGUACAUCAACCAACCAUCGCUGCAUAAGAAUAUCAUAGAGAUCAUGAAGGCAAUUGCUAGUAAGGCAACACUGUCUUCCCCAGUCACGGUGUUCAAUCUCUUGGAAGCACUCUAUGCAUCAGAUCCUUCACAAUGCAACAAACUCCUUGUCGAACUCUUAAAGAGAUACCCAGACAUGCUCACCUCGUCGAUGCAACGAUGUUUUGUUUCCCGUGAAGUGCGUGAGAUGUACUUCUAUAGUGUCUAUACCAUCAUCACAAAUAACUCCCAGAAACUCCCCAUUGAACAGAUUUUGAGUUUCUCCGUUGUACUUGCAGCAAAGAGCUCGUUGAACUUUUCAGCACUCAUGAAGGGAGUCCAAAGUUUUGGAAUCGACUUGUUUAGUGGGUUUCCGGCGUGGAGUUCGUGGGAAUAUAUUGUCAGUGAGGCGAUGGCAAAUCGAUAUAAAAAGGAGAGUUCACUUGUUCUGAAAGGAGUGUUACAGUAUCACACCUAUUUGAGUACAUCUGAGUAUUCCACGCUCUUGCGCUGUUGUAGGCAAUGGAUCUUAAAUGGGAUUGAAAUCGACUUUGAGAGUGUUAUUACGAGUGUUAUUGAUAUGGCAUUUUUUGCACAGCAAUUAGACAGUGAGUUUCUUGAUACAUGGCGGGCAAUUGGAGAGAAGUGUUCGACCUCUGGAGAUGCGUUGAUUGAACUUGUCAUUAAGAGAGGAGGAUUGAGUGAACAGAGCACUUUAAUAGCGUCGAAGAUACUGAGUCAAUUGUGUUCAGUGUCUUCCAUGCGAGCGUUGAUAUUCCGUAAAGUUCAAUUUGGGUUAGUCGAUAUCAUUCAUAUCGAAGAGAUCAAGAAAGAGCCGAGUAAAGAAGAGAACAUGUAUUUUGUAAUUAUGUCGUACAUCAUCUCGUUGAUGCCGUUGAGUGUGAAGAAAGACUUGACGCGCAUUCUAUUGAUCACACUGAUUUAUUAUAGUCCAACAUGUGUUGCUUCGAAUUACGAGUCCAGUGCUCGACGUGUUUUAAGUGUUGUUAUGCCACAAAUCGAACCGGACUUGUACUUUAAGAAAGAAGGGUAUCUUGGUGUUAGAAGCCUACUUAACUCUUAUUCUCUCUUUGUUGAAUUUGAAGAAGAGUUAGUUUCUGUAGCGAAGAAUGGACCAACGGAAGUGUCUGAAAGAUGUUCGUUGGUGUAUUCGUUGAUUGGUGGAAGUGACCAAUGUGUCGAGAAGAAUGUGUCGAGUCUACUUAUACGAGGAUUGCUGAUGGGAGAGGCGUCGAUAGUCAGAAACGUCGUGUCGCUUGUAGCGACGAGUCAAUUAAAAAGUGUUUCUGAGGCUAUCAUAUCUCUUCCUGAUCUCUCGAUCUUCUCUGCGUUGUAUUCACUUGUUAAUGUCCAAUCGAUAAGUAUCGACACGUUAUCGCGAGCUGCCGGGAAUACAAAGUUGUGCGAAAGAGUGCUCCAAAUGACUUUAAAUUGCUCGGGACUGCGCGGAGUCAUUUGCGAACUCAUCGACUUUGGGAUGAAGAGAAGUCGUCGGAAUUUCAGCGGAAGUGUGAUGGGGGGAUGUAACGAGUUUUCAGGCCAAGAAAUAGUGAACAUACUUGAAGCAAUGGGCGAGAGCGAUACAUCGAAUGUCUCCAUUGAAGCGAUUUUGGAACUGAGUCAAAUGAAUUUUGGAAGAUUGGAUGAGAGAGUUGUGAGAGUUCUAUCGAAAGGAAUGAAUUUGGAAGAGACGGCAGAUGAAUGCGCGAAGUUCUUUGUGAAAUAUCAGAUUGAAACUUUUAUUACGCAAGAAAAUGAAGAAAGGAAAAAGUUUGGAGGAGCGGAAGAAAAGAUUUUCGAUGCAGAACGAGUGAAAGCAAUUGAAAAACUAAGUCAAAUCACAAAGGAAAAGAUCGACGUGGCUAAAAUCACAAUGACAGUGAAACAAUACCAUUUCAAAUAA